AUGAUUGAUGAUAAAGUGAAAGUUGUACCUAAAACUAAGGAAAGGGAAUUUGGUGGUUUGAUUGGAACGUUUUUCCUGAUAUUUUUACUGCCAGCCACUGUGUAUUUACUCAAUUUUGCUUGUAAUAAGAAACGAUGCACCAUUAUGGAAAUACCCAAGUUACCUUCAAGACUAUCAUUCUUCAUCGAUUUACAAGCAACCUACAUAUUUCUGGGAUGGUUUUUCUUUCAAGCAAUAUUAGCCAUUAUACCUUUCGGCAAGUUAGCUGAGGGGCAACCUUUAAGAUCUGGACAGAAACUGAAAUACAGAUGUAAUGGGUUUAUAUCUCUAAUCAUCAGUAUGGUAGCAUUUGGUAUAGCAGUUUACUAUAAACUACCAGUAACAAUCAUACAUACCAAAUUCUUCCAGAUUAUGACAGCAGCCACUAUUUUCAGUGUAUCACUUAGCUUAUUUCUCUAUAUCAAAUCAUUAUUAAUACCUCAAGAUAAACUAGCUCCUGGAGGCAAUACAGGUAAUCAUGUGUAUGAUUUCUUCAUGGGACAUGAAUUAAACCCUAGAAUUGGUAUGUUUGAUCUGAAGUUUUUCUGUGAACUACGACCAGGUUUAAUUGGAUGGGUGAUAUUAAACAUGGCGUUUGUUUAUAAAGCUUAUCUUGAUAAUAACAAUGUAUUUCCACCUGCCCUGACUAUGUGUGCUGCUUUCCAGAUCUUCUAUGUUGCUGAUGCACUUUUUGCUGAGGAAGCUAUUCUAACCACAAUGGAUAUAGUACAUGAUGGGUUUGGGUUUAUGUUGAUUUUUGGUGAUUUAGUGUGGGUACCGUUCAUCUAUUGUCUCCAGACUAGAUUUUUACUAGAGAACCCCCAGAAUGAUAUGUACUGGUAUUGUCUGGCUUUUAUUGCUGUUAUCAAUUUGGUUGGAUAUUAUAUAUUCCGUGGUGCCAACUCUCAGAAAGAUGCCUAUAGAAGAAAUCCUCACAAUCCUGCUCUAGCUCAUCUAGAAACACUACCUACAUCCACUGGUAGAAAAUUACUAGUAUCUGGAUGGUGGGGUAUUUGUCGUAAACCAAACUACCUGGGUGAUUUACUGAUGGCUACUGCCUGGUCACUUUGUUGUGGUUUACAUCAUGUUCUACCGUAUUUCUACCCAAUAUAUUUCUUGAUAUUACUGGUACAUCGUUGUCAACGUGAUGAUGUUAUCUGUCGUAAGAAAUAUGGUGCUGUCUGGACCAGAUAUUGUCAACGAGUACCUUAUAAAAUUAUACCUUAUAUCUAUUAG